AAUUUGUCCCAUGCUUAAUGACACCUUGUCAACAUCAUGGCACAUGCAUGAGUUAUUUAGCAUCAAAUGUCCCUUACUACCGAUGUGUAUGUGACUCAAUGUGGACUGGACCAAAUUGUGAAAGAAAAGUUCCUCAAUGUCAGUUCAACCCGUGUAAAAAUGGAGGGAUGUGUAUGGAAGUCAAGGAUGAUUUCAUGUGCCACUGUCCAUCAAAUUUUGUCGGCAAAACUUGUUUAAGACGGCUAGAUCGGUGUGACACAGAGGACGGCUGGAAGCAUAUCGGAGAUCACUGUUAUAAAGUGUUUGACAGUCCGUUGUCAUGGGAUGAUGCAAGUGAAUUCUGCAGAAUAAGACAAGACGCCAGCCUACCCAUUAUUAACAAUCCUAAUAUUCAAUCAUCUAUGAAUCAUCUAGCUGUAGAAGAGAAAUCAGAUUUGUGGACAGGACUGAGAUAUUCCGGUGGGAAAUGGUUUGAUUCAAAAAAUAGUGAGAUUAUUAUCCCAAAUUCCUAUUGGCACCGACUCUUUAAAAUUCCAAGAUCAGGAAAUGAUUCGUGUAUAUUGCUGAAACAACCAGAUAACAGAACAGCCUCUGUACACGGGAACUGGGUCCCAAUCAGCUGUCAUCUGCAAAAGAACUUUGUCUGCUCAAAACCAGAAGGACUUUGUCCUGGAGGAUGGUAUUAUCAUCAAAAAAGAUGUUUUAAAUAUGUAGACGACUUGCAAACAUCAAUACUUAAUGCUAAAAGUACAUGCAGAAGACUAAAUUCUAAUCUUCUAGAGAUCAAAAGCGAGGAAGAUGUAAGCUUUUUACAACAAUUUCUAGAACUUGAAAGAACUGGCAUUGGGAAUGAUGGGAAAUUUUGGCUUAAUUUAAUUCGUGACGAUGACUCGCUGGCAAACCCUUGGGUGUGGGUUUGGGAUUCAUACGGAAAUCCGGAACUAGAAUUUACCAAGUUUCCAAAGAACAGCAUUUCUUUAGGAGAGUGUGCUUAUGUGGAUAUAGAUAGGAAUGGCACUUGGUUCACUGAUAAAUUGUGUUCAGCGGAACUAAGUGUUGUCUGCUACCUUACCGUGGGAUCCAUAGAAUGGAUAAAGAAUAUGAAUAAAAAUCUUCGCCUAGAUUUCAAUUAUGGCUUCUCCGAGUGCGGAAAAGGCUGGGUUGAUGAUAGCAGGUCAUCGUGUUUUUAUUUCAUCUCCAAACUGUUAACCUGGUCGUCUGCCGAGUAUGAAUGUCGGAAAAGGGGAGCUCAUUUGAUCAGCAUUGAUGACGCAGAGGAGCAGGCAUUUAUAACUGGCGUUUUAAAGUCGAUUGACGUUGGUGGUUCGGUGUGGAUAGGUGCUAAUUCUCGCACCGAAGGAGUCGGAUUUCAGUGGACCGAUGGUGACCCUUUUGUCUUUUACAACUGGUUUCCAGGCGAACCAGAGAGUCAGUUGGAGGGUGAUGAAGAAUGUGUCGCCAUGUUUAUUUCAAACUCGCUUUGGACAGACAACUCGUGUCAACAAUUACACUCUGCUGUUUGUGAGAAGACGAGACCAUCAAAGGAAAAGAAGAAGCCAUCUAAAACUGCCAAAGUUGAAGGAAAUUGUUCUCCUGGAUGGAUACCGUACAGGGAUAGCUGCUUUUUAGUCAAGGAGAAAAGAACAACAUGGGACCAAGCCAGUGCCCUUUGCCGCCAACAAAACGCGCAUCUUGCCUCCAUUUUAGACGAAAAUGAGCAGAAUCUGGUGUUCAGCCAGCUUCCACGAGCUAUUCCAUCAUCAUCAUCAUCAUCGUCAUCACCAUAUGGAUAUUGGAUUGGUCUCCGAGACAGAAAACGGAACACUUUUCAAUGGGAUGACAAUAGGGAUGUUACAUUCGCAAGGUGGCAGAGAAAUGAGCCGCAGGGGUUUACUGUAUAUAAGCAAGGAUGUACAUAUAUAAGUUUUGAAAAAGGACUGUGGGGCGAUGCAAUAUGUGAUAUGACUAGGCCAGGAUUUGUAUGUAGAUCCGAAAAGCAGUCAAACGUAACAAAAAACAUGUCGCCCCUAUCGGUUGGAUGUAAAAAGGAUGCUGUUGGAUUAGAUAACCUGUGUUAUAACAUAUUUGAAUCGCCAAAGACGUGGAACGACUCAGAAUCGGCGUGUUUGUCAGAUGGUGGACAUCUAGCAACAGUAGACUCAUUGCGUGUGAUGGCAUUUCUUAAUAGUCAACUUUUGGAAAAGGACAUCAAGGUCCAAAUUUGGACUGGGUUUACGGAGAGUUCAAAUUUUAGACAUUGGUCAAGUGGAAAAACUAUUCGAACACAACCACAGUUUGACGCUGGUCUUAACGCAACAAGAAGAUGUGGUACCUAUAACCCAUUGGAAAAUGCCAUGAACACGAUAAAUUGCAAUGAAAAUCAUUUUUUCAUUUGCGAAAAACUAAGGGAAGGAUAUAAUAUCUCAUCUCCAAGCAACACAACAGAAUCUGAAAUAAAAUCUGAUGAAAAAUGUUCUCCAGGCUGGUAUAAGCAUAAUAUGAGCUGUUUUAAGGAGUUUUUAGAAAAAUUGUCUUGGACUGAGGCAAGGAGAAAAUGUAGAAGUAUUGGAGCUCGUCUUACUACUAUUGAAGAUGCGACUGCCUCUUCAUUUGUAUACGAGAAAUUUAAAGGCAUAAUGAAUUCUAACUGGUGGAUAGGAUUAAAUAGCAGAGAUAUGACAAAGAGUGAGACUUGCAGAAAAUGGGCAAACACCUGUGCAUCAUGGCACUGGUCUGAUAAUGAUGAGGACCCGUCCUUUCGUGAUUGGGAAUUGGGUGAACCAAAUAAUUUUAUGAGAGUAGAACGCUGUGUCGUGAUGACUAAAUCAAAUGGAAAAUUCAAUGACUACCAGUGCUCAGUUCCUAGUCCAUUUAUAUGCGAAGCACGACUGGGAUCGAAGAUAUUAGAAAAUGGGGAAUCUCAAACAGAUUUACCUGAAAAAUGUGAUGGGAAUGGUUACCUAUAUAAGGGUUUUUGCUAUACCCUUAGCAGUGCUGAAACAUCGUACUUUUCUGCAGAGGGCCACUGUAGAACUCUAGGGGCAGAGCUAGCAAGCAUACAUAGUCAUGAUGAAUUAGAGUUUAUUCUAUCUCUCCAAAGGAUGAACAAUACAGAAGAUCUCUGGAUUGGUCUAAAAAGAGUUACACACCGCGGUAUAAAAAGAUGGGAGUGGUCUGACAAAUCCCCCGUCGACUUUGUGCUUUGGAAGAAAAAUGAGCCAGACAAUAGCCAGUUAAAUGAGAACUGUGUUGUAAUGUCAGGAUUUAAAGGUUUUUGGGAUGAUAACCCUUGUCUUGAACAAAAUGGAUUCGUUUGCAAAAAAAGAAAUUCGCCCAUUAAAUUAAAUGAUUCCAGAGUAAACAAAAAAGUUUUUCAAGGCGGAUGUUCAAAAAAUUACACUUCAUCGCCUUUUAACAAUAAAUGUUAUAAAUACAGUACAAGCAAACUGCCUUGGAGAGAAGCUAAAAGCAUGUGUAAAUUUGGAGGGGGCUCUUUGUUGUCGAUCCAAAACCAACUUGAACAAGAUUUUGUCGUAAGUAUGUUGGAUUCAGCGUUAAGCAAUGUAUGGAUUGGACUUAAUAGACUACACAGAGAAACAUACAUGUACAAAGACAAUGUAUCAAUAGGGUAUACAAACUGGGAGACUGACCAGCCGAGCAAUCCUUACUAUCCAACAUACGGUUCGGCUCAGCAUGAUUGUGUUCAGAUGAAUCACUUGGACGAUAAUAAAGGUAUAGGGAGGUGGAGUACAAAGAAUUGCGGUUAUCCACCAGAAUCAUUCAUUUGUGAAAAACCAAAAGAUCCUUCGAUAGAAUUCAAGCCUUCCCCAUCUGAAUGCCCUCCUAUGUUUGAGCAAUACUUAAGAAGCUGCUUUAGAUUUGAAGUUGGUCCAGUUGAUCAAAGCGAAGCCCAGAAAAUAUGUGAACAAAGAAAAGGAAAUCUAGCGUCAAUUACAUCUCCAUAUGAAUAUGGGUUUUCUCGUGGUAUUGCCGCAAAACAAAAUUUUACUGUUUAUUGGAUAGGACUCGAAAAAACAAAGGACGCAGCUUUGUAUAGAUGGAAUGAUGGAACACCAUACCAGUUCAGCCAUUGGAAUGAUUCAGAACCAUCUCAGGAACCAAACGAAGAUUGCGUUGUAUCAAGAGAUGGAAAUUGGAUGGAUGUGCCAUGCACAGAAAAGCACUCUUUUCUCUGUGAAAUAAAUCUUGAUAAAAUGAAAGGUACACGACCAGCACCUUCGUGUAUGCCCACGGGAAUAGCCUAUGACGGCGCGUGUUAUUUCAUAGAAAGAAAGGAUAGAAGCACGUGGAAGGAUGCUCUCCAGAAAUGUAGGAAAUAUGGAAUGGACUUAGUUUCAAUCCAGACAGUGGCCGAGUUGGAGGUAGUUCGGGAAUUCAUUGUAAGGAGAGCAAAGGAAAACGUUUGGAUUGGGUUCACUAAUGCUAGAAAAGAAUCAGAUCUGUUUCAAAGUGGGGUUUAUUGGUACUGGUCCGAUGGAGAGGAAGCAAACUUUACAAACUGGCGAAUAAAUGAACCCAAUGCAGGAAUACUAUCGAAUACUGAAGAAUGCGCAGAAAUGGAUCAUAAAGGACUCUGGAAUGAUCUAGCGUGUACACAUAAGAAAGCCUUUAUGUGUAAAAAUAAUGGAUCUAAGAUAGAUUUAAAAAUGAAAGUCGAAGUAUCAACGGAGAUACCAACAAGAAAAUCUGCACAAAAUGCAAUUAAUUCCCACAGCAAUGCAGAAUCGACGACACCGGUUGGGGUAAUAGUGGGUGUCGUGAUAGGCCUAUUGGCGGUCCUCGUACUCGUAUCAGCUGUUGUGUUUAUUUUAUACAGAAGACGCCACAGACCUUUCUUCAGACAACACCUUGGGUUUUCAAAUGCUUUGUUCCAAAGUGGCCAUGAACAAUUGACAUAAUUUAAAAAUACUCACCGUAGUGUAUGAUACGGUCUUUUUAUAUACUCUAAUAAUGGUUUAAACUUUUAGAAGACUAUUAAAGAUAAUCUAGUAUCUUUUGUGUAAAGUAAAUCUUGGCUCAAGUCAGGAUCUUUUUGUUUUACAUAAAUGUUGUGGAAGUCAAACAGGCCAAAAUCAAACUGUUAUACUAUAUCGCUUUAAAAAAGUGUUGUUAUCAGCAAAAUUAAAAUUGAUUCAAUAAAUAAUAUCUUUCAGGAGAUUGAAAAUUUUACUUACUGCGAAAUACCAACUGUUUCUACGUCUUCUGGUGGGAUAUACAUGUACACGCAUUUAAAUACUUUUAUGUGUAUGUAUACCUUAUUUGAAACAAUGAGCCUAUUGGUCAUAUCACUUAAUCGAGUUACUAUGAUCCUACUGUCCUUAAUGAGGAGAUUAAUUUCUGAGUUCAUGAUUUUGAAAAAAAAAAAUGAAUUUACAUUACUCGAGGAAGCUUCCAUAUAAAUACGACUAAUUUCAUUCUCUCUACAUGUAUAGAAUCUUAUGAGGAACUUUUAUCAUUGAUUCAGGUUGUGUCUCGGCAAUACCCGUUUCCGGUCCUGAAUUUUGUAAACUUAAUGUGCAAUAUAAAAUGAAGCUUUCACCUUGGUUUCAUCAUUACUGGACAAGUGGGUAUUGAGUUGAACGUCUUUUUAUGUCGAUAGGUUUUCAAUCAUCCAUAGCUAUCUUCCCUUGAAAGAGAGUGCAAUUCAUUUAAACAAGUUUAAAUCUCUUCCCCAUGAGUUUGCUUUUUGGCACUUUUGAUUGAAAUUGGCCAUCGGUAUAUAUAUCAUUUUUCUUAUUUACAUCUCAAACACAUGCAGACACCUUUAUUAUCUUUAGAUCUAUGCAAAAACUAACUCAUAUUUCUUGUGAUUUUGUAUUGAGAGAUAAACACUGUCU